AUGAGAUGCUUUAAGUGUCAACGAUAUGGUCACACAUCCCUUCGAUGUGAGGCCGUACAAAUUUGUGUAUGCGGGAAAGCUAUCCAUGUGGGACGACCUUGCGAGGAUCCCCUCGUUUGUGUUAAUUGCGGUGGACCGCAUUCAGCUCGGUCCAGAUCCUGCCCCGUCUUCAAAAAAGAAGCGGCGAUACAAGAAAUAAGGACGAAGGAUAAAUUAUCGUACGUUGAGGCAAAACGAAAGCUACAACAAACGACAGUACGCACGCCCACUCAGGGAGUGUCGUAUUCGUCUGCAACCGCUUCUAUGCCCAAGUAUGAUAGUCUGAUUAAAGACCUAAUACCCGCGAUUGUAGCCGCCAUCAAGCCGCUAAUCAAAUCGGAAGUAAAGGCGAAGGUUCAACCCUCGACCAGCACUUCCGGAAAUCUAGGUGUGUUUAAAAUUCCCCUGCCGGUAGAUCUCACCGACAACGUAGAAACCUCAAGUCAGUUCUCCCAUACGGAGUCUGAAAAGAGGAAACGUGAAGGAGCGUUAAGCUCCUCGACUGACGACUUGUCGGAAAACUCUACCGACAAUACCCGCAAAAAGAAGAAGGGAUGGCAGAAGGGAAGGCCUCGUAACGUUACGACGCCCCCUAACGCAACCGCAGGUGGUGGCACACAGCCACCGCCUAGACAACCCCCAGGCGGGUCUAUGCCGAUGAAAGCGUCACCGACGCCGUCGCGCCGAUCGUCCGUAGGGGGUCCUCCGUCAGCUUCUCCUGCAAAAGAAAGUUGA